UUUUGGAAAAUACAGACAUUACAUAUGUCAUCACUUGAUACCAUAUAACAUCUCCAUACAAAUUUACAUUAAACUUAAAAGGGUGUCAUCUUCACUGUGCUUCUGCUGUUAAGCCUUCUGUAUCUACUGUACCAUAUAAUAUAUAUACUAAUCUAUAUAUGUGUAUAUAUACCACGACAAAGCCUCAUUGUGGAGGCACAACUAGCUUUUACUGCACAGGAUCCUGACUCUUCACUUGCGAAAACACGGAAGUCUCAGAAAUUCGUGUUUUUUCCAUCAGAUCCGUCACAUGAUUGCAGUGAUAUGGACGCUUAUUUCCUGAUGGGCUGACUCGGGAUUAAAGUAAAAAUCGUGUCAAAUCGUCAGAUUAUCAGCAUUGCAUCGUGCCAUGGAGAGAUUAGAAGCUACAUCAGAGCUCCAGUCACGGCUGUCAUCACUGUCCUUCUCGUCUUUUCCGGGAAUAACAUCCAAACAGUGCGACGACAGACCGCCGGACAGGCUCCAGAAUACAGACCUUUCAAAGAGCUUUAGCCAACCUAAAAAACAACCUGAGAUGGAGGAAACCAAGGAGGAUUCAGGGCAGCAUGCUGAGGGUAAUGAAGAGGCCCCUGCUGAGCCAGCCCUGGGGGAAGGAGGUGAGGAGAACAACAGUGUUGAGAGCUGUCAGCUCUCCGGUGAGAUUAAAGCCCAAAUGCCGCCCCUGAAGCCUCCGACAACAUGGACAUCUGCUGCACUGAAGGAGCUCAAGGCGAAGCUCCGAACGGAGAAGGACAGCGUGGUGACAGUGUACCGAGGCGACAUCAUGACAGUUCACGUGCCCACUGUCCCCGAGGCCAAAAAAGUGUGCUGGGAGUUCGCCACAGAUGGUUAUGACAUUGGCUUCGGCAUAUAUUUUGACUGGACUCCCGUCACGAGCCGGUCUAUCACUGUGCACAUCAGUGAAUCAAGUGAUGAUGAAGAUGAAGAGGAGGAGCUGGAAGGGCCUGUCAGUAACGGCGAUGUUGAGAAGGGCUCCAAAACUCAGACCAACUCAAACUUGGCUGAAAUCUUACCUGUAUACCGCCAGGACAGCCACUUGUCCGUCUUCGGGGGCAGCCACGAUUUUCCAGGUGAAGGCACGUACCUCCUGAAGUUUGACAACUCCUACUCACUAUGGCGAAAUAAAACUCUUUACUACAGAGUUUAUUACAGUGCCUGAGAUGCCAAUUUAUUUGUUUAUGAAUGUAUAAUUUACAGAAGAAUAUUACUCUUAAAGGUGCAGUGUGUAAGAUUUAGUGGCAGUGGACUGGGCGGAAAUGGAAUAUAAUAUUCAUAAGUAUGUUUUUAAUUAGUGAAUAAUCACCUGAAAAUGAGAACUGCUGUGUAUUUGUUAGCUUAGGAUGAGCCCUUUAUAUCUACACAGGGAGCGGGUUCUCUUCCACGGAGCCCGCCAUGUUACACCGCCAUGUUUCAACAGCAUUUUUUGUGAGUUGCACAGCCACCACAGAUUCGCCUACACACUAAGAAGGGGAGGGGGAGCGCUAGAUGCCACUAAAUCCUACACACAGGUCCUUUUAAGAACGACAAACUAUUUUUGAAUCCAUAUGUGGAAAAGAUGAAGUUAUAAUAGAAAAGGUUAAAUAUAGGCAUAUCUAUUUUUUAUCACUGUCAGCUUGUGUUGCCACAUGUUGAAUUUACGUAUGUUGUCGGAUAGUUUUGAAUGCAACAUUUUGCUCCAGUGUCUUGCCGAUACAUAUUUGAAGAAGCCUUGCAUAUGUGCCAUGUUCCCAUGUGUGCACAGUACUAUUUGGUCAAGUGCCCGUCAUAAAACAUAUAACGUCUUCAGCUGUAACAUUUCUAUGGUAGCAGUGAUCAGGGAACACCUGCACAGAAUAUAUUUCACCUGGCCAGGUGCUUAAUCAGCAGUGCUCUAUAGAAAUGGGAGUUUUUUUGUUGUGUGUGUAUGUGUGUGUGUGUGUAUGUGUGUGUGUGCGCACCUUCUAUGAUUAUGAUUAUGUUGCUUGUUGUUGUCACUUGUAUUUAACCUUCUGCUUUGCGCCAUAACUUAUUUUUAAUCAAAUCUAAUCAUGAGCUAACUGACAAUAUAAUUAUGGAAAUACAAAUACUACUGUCAUAGUGGUGUGUCAGUAGAAGAUUUAAGUCAAGAAUGCUGAAUGUACUGAAGCAAGUGGUCGCAGAUAUCCAGAGUGUGCUUUUUAUGACACAAAUAAAGCCAUCCCUUAUCGCAUAAAGCUCCUAUUAUGUAAUAUAGAUUCAAUAUUUACAUUUGCCUUGCCCCCCUUUUUUAAUUUGCUGUUUUAGAGGUAGGGAGCAGUCGUAAUAUUUCAUCUAAAUGUAUUUUGUGCACAGUUCUAUGUAAGUGAAGGUCAGUGAUUCUGGAUAUUCUCUGUGCGUUGGGCACAUACUUUGGAUUUGAUUGUGUUGAAUAGAAUUGUUCCAUCCUGUUUCAAAUCACUUUGUGCGCAUGUUUAAAAAAAAAAGAUGUCACAAAUUUAGUUGCUAAUGCAGCAUAAGAUGCAAAGCAACUGAUUGAAAGCUUCCCAUGUUUGCUGUACUGUACCUUUAAGUUAUGAUUCCUGAAAAUGUACUGUAUAUUCCACAAUAAAGAGAAGAUUAUGUA